CUCGUACUUCACUUAUCAUCGCCGAAAUCAACGUCUGCCCUCCGCCCUCCCUCCGGUCUUCUCUCAACUUGCUGUCCGGAUCUUCACCCACGGGACUCGAUCAGCUUCACUGAUUGGCGGCAUUGGCAUCCCUGUCCCCCGGACUGGACCCCUCGCAACACACCCAAAAAACUACUUCCGAUUCCCGAGUUAAAAGAACCAUCGAAUCACCCUCGCCAUGGCCGGAGGUGGAGGCAAUUUCCGUCAUCUUGGCCGCAAGUCGUCACAUCGACAGGCCCUGCUCCGCAACCUCGUCACGUCCCUGAUCGAACAUGAGUCCAUCACCACGACAUGGCCCAAGGCCAAAGAGGCCCAGCGACUGGCCGAGAAACUGAUCACUCUGGGCAAGAAGAACACCGAGUCCAGCCGGAGACGCGCCCUGUCUAUUUUCUAUAACCCCCACCAGAUGCUCCCCAAACUCUUCGGCUCGCUGCGCGAACGCUACGCCGAACGCCCCGGCGGCUACACCCGGGUAUUGCGCGUCGAGCCCAAGAAGGACGACCAGGCGCCCAGCGCCAUCCUGGAACUGGUCGACGGACCCAAGGACAUGCGCUUCGCUAUGACAGCCCGUACGAUCGCCCGACAACGGUCGCAGGGUCUCGAGACCCUCAACGAGUUGACCGCCAUGAACGUGCGCAAGGUGACGCGGUACCGAAAGGAGGGCGUCGAGGACCUGGAACGGGAGAUUGGUCAGUUAGGGCUCGAUGAGAAGAAGGGGCCCAAGCCUGGUAAGAGUGCUGGGGAGAAGCAAUAAAAAGCAAAAACAAGAGAAGGAAUGCUCGUGUGUGUGUGAUUAAAGGUGGCAUGCACGUCUAACGGGCUUCUCCUGGGGUGGAAUCUUAGGAUUGCUUCUCUGCCGAUGGGCGCGGCGGAGGCGAGAGAGUUAUCAUGGCCAGUCCAGGGUUUCCGUCUCGGGUCUCUUUUGCCGGGCGUCCUUGUAUCUAUUUAUCCCUUUGUCUUUUCUGUCCGGUUCUCUGCUUAGUUUACUGCCUGUUCGACUGUCAUGAUCCGUGUAAUUCUAGCUGUCUUGGUGGGCAGAUUGCCAGCCUUUUUGCCCUGCGAAUUGGGGUCGGGGGUUCUCUUCUUAUUCAUACUGUCACUACUUUCAUAUCUCAGAUCUCGCUAGAGGAAAUCGACGCUCUAAUUCGAAACACUAAAGA